GAUGUGUAUGAUAGGAUCGCAUUGUAAUAUCCGGGGGCAGGUCCACGGCGCAGAGUGGGCGUGUCCUUCCUAGCAGGAAAACGCUGGAGGAGACCCACAUUGCCUCACACAGCCGCGCACUGCAGAGGAGCGAGCAGGAGGAAUAUGUCCGCGUCGUUACGCACCGAGGGACGCCGGCGCAGCGCAGUCAGUGCGUCCGCGCUGCCUCUGCUCUAGUCCCGCGCACUCACUCCGCCGUUUUCACCACUUAUGAUCUGCUGAGAGCUUCCCUGCCGCCUCUCCUGGUCCAUCCCCGUCCCCUCCUCCCCUCUUCCUGCUCCUCCUCCUGCGCUCCGCCGUCCCGUCGCCAGGAUGGACAAGACGCUCUGCAGUCCGCAUCCCGGGACCAACAAAACCAACUCCCCGUCCUCGGAGCACCGCGGCGGCUCGUCGUCGAGGAAACCCAGCGGCCGGAGCGGCUCCCACAGCCCGGGCUCCGGCUCCCUGGGCGGAGGAGGAGCUGGAGGCGGCCGGGGCAGCGCGCUGCUGGGGAACAGCAUGAAUCUGCAGCAGCAGCAGCAGCAGCAGCAGCGCAGGAGGCAGCUGGAAGGAGUCCUGAGCAAAUACACCAACCUGAUCCAGGGCUGGCAGAACAGGUACUUCGUGUUGGAUCCGGAGCUCGGACAGCUGCAGUACUUCGUCAACGAACAGGGGAAGAGCCAGAAGCCUCGGGGGUCUCUGCCGCUGAUCGGCGCCUCGGUGACCACCAGCGACGAGGCGCCGCACAUGUUCAUCGUGAACUCUGUCAACGGAGAGCUGUACAAACUCAGAGCCUCCGACGCCAAGGAGCAGCAGUUCUGGAUCAGUCAGCUCCAAGCUUGUGCCAGACGUCACUCGGACAGCAGUGCCAAGGUGAGGAAGCUGAAGGGCUCCGACGAACACCUGAGCGUGGAGAGAGCAGGAGGAGGCCAGGAGGCGCUGGGCUCCUCAUCCUCCGGUCGGACCCGUAGCUUCUCUCUCCUCCCCCACCUCACCCCGUCCUCGUCCCCGGCCUCCCAGAGGCACCUGGGCCACGCCGCCUCGCCCAGCAACAUCGUCACCAUCACCCACCACAAAUCUCCAGCUGCAGCUCGGCGGGCCAAGAGUCAGUAUCCAGGACGGCUGCUGGAGGUCAAAGAGGUGAUGUCCCAAGCCGAGGGCCAGCAGAAGAACCUCGUCCAGUCCAUCGACUCUCUGCCCACCAGGGGUCCGCUGUCCUGUCUGGAUCAGGACCUGCUGCUGCUCAAAGCCACGUCGGCCGCCACGCUCAGCUGCCUGGGAGAGUGCCUGAACAUCCUGCAACAGACUCAGAGCCACAGCCAGGCGCCGCCUCCGUCCCAGGCCUCCCAGCGCAACCACGCCGGCCACGGAGCCCCCUCCGAUGGUGUUCCUGUGUGGACUGUACCAAAGUCGCCCUCAGGGGAGCCGUGGAAGAACGGAGGUCUGACUCCUCUACGAUCGGCCGAGCCCUCCCCGGCCCUCAGGAAAAGGAGUCUGUCCCAUGGUGCUGAGCACCACCCGGGGCUGGAAGACAUCAGCCCGGCCGAGGAGGUGACGGACACGGAGGACAAUGAGGAGGAGGACCUGGGCGUCCUGGACGACCAGCGGAGCAUCAUCCUCCACCUGCUCUCUCAGCUCAAACUGGGCAUGGACCUCACACGGGUGGUGUUGCCGACCUUCAUUCUGGAGAAGCGAUCACUGCUGGAGAUGUACGCCAACUUCAUGGCCCACCCAGACAUGUUCCUGUCGAUCACAGCCGGAGCCACAGCCGAGGACCGAAUAGUUCGCUUUGUGGAGUACUACCUGACCGCCUUCCACGAGGGCCGGAAAGGCGCCGUGGCCAAGAAGCCCUACAACCCCGUGCUGGGGGAGACCUUCCACUGUUCCUGGGAAGUUCCUCGGGACAAAGUCAAGCCUCUGGUCAGGUCGAACCAGGGGUCAUCCAGGGAGCCCGGCAGGGGCCCGAACAACGCUCAGCAGGGUGACGAUUCACCAGGAGACUGCUACAGGGUCCGCUUUGUGGCCGAGCAGGUUUCCCAUCAUCCACCGGUAUCAGGGUUUUACUGUGAGUGCCGGGAACGGAGGAUGUGUGUCAACACCCACGUGUGGACCAAGAGCAAGUUCAUGGGCAUGUCUAUAGGCGUGUCCAUGGUGGGAGAAGGAGUCUUGUGUCUCCUCGAGCAUGACGAGGAGUACGUCUUCACGCUGCCCUGCGCCUACGCCCGCUCCAUCCUCACCGUGCCCUGGGUGGAGCUGGGAGGCAAAGUCUCCAUCAACUGCGUCAAGAGCGGCUACUCGGCCACCGUGACCUUUCAUACGAAGCCUUUCUACGGAGGGAAGGUGCACAGAGUGACGGCGGAGGUCAAACACAACCCGACCAACACCAUCGUGUGCAAAGCACAGGGCGAGUGGAACGGCACUCUGGAGUUCACCUACAGCAGCGGCGAGACCAAAGUGAUCGACACGGCCAAGCUGCCAGUCACCAGGAAGAAGCUGAGGCCUGUGGAGAAACAGGGGAGGACAGAAUCCAGGCGGUUAUGGCAACAUGUCACCAAGUCGCUGAAGGAAGGAAACAUCGACGAGGCCACGGAGCACAAACACAGACUGGAGGAGUGUCAGAGAGGAGAGGAAAGGCAGAGAGCAGCUGAUAACAAACCCUGGACACCCAAAUACUUCACUAAAGAGGGAGACGGUUGGAUCUACAAUAACCCGCUCUGGAAGUCAACCUGACAUCAGAACACUGUUUCCUCAUGGACGAUAACGGAGAUGGCAUUCCCCUCGCCGAAGACUGAGGUCAAAGAAACGGAGCCGAGUCCUCCUCAGACCUUCAGACUCACUGACUAACAGGAAACUAGCAAGGUGCCAAAGGGAUCUCUACUGUUUGAACCAAGACAUGGUUUGGGACUCUUGGGACAGCAGUUCAGCAUUUUUAUAUACAGUUAAUAGUAUUACUAUUCAAAGUAGAGUAUUUCUAUUUUUCACCUUGCCAAGGCCUUUUUUUGCACAUGCACAGUAACGACGUCUGUCACCUACUUUGUAUUUUUUUUUUAAACAAUCAGUCCGUUCUCUCAGACAUCCUUUGGUUGUGAGCUUUUAGUCUUUUAGUCACGCAGCGUUAGAAUGGAUCCAGUCUCCUGCAACACAUUAUACUGUAGCUGUAAAUGAGUCUGUUUAUAAAGCACUUUUACCAUAGAAAUAAAGCUACUAUUUUAUAUCUAUGGCUUUUAACAAUCAGGGUGGUCUCUCAGAGCUUUACGGGCGGUAAGGUCACCAAACCAGAUUAAAACUAUUAGAAAUCCAGAGGUAAACAGAUGUUCUACAUUAGAUGAUGUGCUACUAUAUAAUAUUAAACGGUAUAUUACAGCAAGCUACUAGAAAGCAAAGGUCCUGAUUGUUUUGUCUGCACUAUGAAUGUAUUUAGGCACAUUUUAAUAGUACCGUAUGCUACUUUCCCAUCUUGUACGGUUUGCUACUACACAUGCUUACUGUGUUGUACCUUUUAUUUUGUCUACAACAUGUCGCUCUCUGAGUGAAACACCUCUGCCUGACAGAUGAUUUUUCAUUACUACCUCUCUCAUUUAACUAUCCAGGCCAUCAUAUGUGUUCUCUUCCAAAAGAAAAACCGCCGGUGUGUUUGUGGCUGAAUGCUCCUGGGUGCUCUCAUCUGUUUUCUAUCUGCGCCCCCUAAGAUAACACUUGUGUAAUUAGGCAGCCCCUGCACACCCAGCCCGAGGCCCCUGAAGUUAAUACGUAUCUUUAGGUCGCCUGUGGGGAUGAAUAAUGAUGAGGCUGCUUGGAGAAACACACAACCAUGUUCUUACAUCUGGGGGUCGCUGGAAGGUUGCUUCUGUGAAGAUGAGAGGACGAUCUGCCAGAAUAACAAUCACGGGAACUGGGGUAACCGGUCUGGUGGAUGGAAGAGGAAAUAUACGGCUUCAUAUUACUCACAUUUUACAGUCAACGGCCAACUUUAAACGAGCACCUCAACGAUUUUUGAUUUAUAAAAGGAUGUUAGCAUCGACUCCUACCUGCCUCCUUCAAUUUAAUUCUUAAAUGUGUUGUUGUGUUUUGUACUUCUAGCCAGGUGGAUUUACCAGAUGCCAUUUUGUAGCAUCCACCGUGACAGUUUAAUUACACCACAUUACAACGCCAUAGACGGUCUGUAGAAGAUGGACGGAGCCACCAAGGUGUGGAUAGAUACUUCAGAACUUUAUAUUUGGUUGUUUAUUGCCACUAUUUCGGUGUAUCUGACCCAGAACUCAAGAUCACUACACAAACACAUAUUGUAGUGAAUUACAAGGUCGCCCCACCUCAACCCUUCAAUGCACCACAUGGGUCAAAAGUCAGCCAUGUUCAAUGGAAAAUGGGUAUCUGUUGAGCAUCAAAGGGUUAAAACGUAUCCUGCUUUAUGGUCCAGUUUUUUCUCAGUGGUAUCACCCAUCCAUCCAUAAUCCAUACAAUGUUUAAUCCUGUGUAGAGUCACAGGGGGGCUGGAGUCUAAAUGGUACCACAAUUUACUAAAUAAACAUCUUGCAUAUUGAAGUAGUGUCCAAACUACCAGUUGAGACCAUAAAUUGACAGGGAAAGUGCUUGCUGAGGUGACAAUAUGGAUGGUUUUCUUAUAGAUUUCCAUUUAUCAGACUCCUUUCUGCAGCCAGAGGAGCCGCCCCCUGCUGGCUGUUAGAGAGAAUGCAGAAUUAAAUCAUUUCAACACUGACUCCCCUUUUCAAACCUGAACGUUCCGUCCAUCUUUUGCAGAGUCUAUGUGCUGCACAGAACAAACUGCUUUUCAUUACUGUUUUAUGACACUGGCCUGACAUGAAACUAACAAGCAGCUAAACACACACGAGGACAUGGACUCACUGAAGUAGAUGGCGACUGUGGAUAAACAAAGGACUGUACAUUAAUAAAGACCUUCUACCUUUUUUAAAUUAAA